AUGCCAUCGGAUGGCGAACCAGACAAGAAAAAGCGGAAAGUGACCGAUAGUGACGAAAACGAUCUUGGCAAUGCCAAGAUGAGAAAUAUUCACCAUCUGAGGGGUUUGUCGAUCCCUGAUUCUGGAAGUCUUCCAAGUAAUGGUCAGGUAUUCAUCAAGGUGAGAAUCUAUCCUCCUUCGGGAUCGAGCAGUCUCUCCUAUCAGCCGUACACGAAUACCACCUUGAUCGUACCUGCUGCUAUUGUGCAACAACACUUAAUAGAGGAUACCAAAUCACUUCAAAGUGAAAGUUAUCAAGCUCUACGUGACGAUGAGAUCAAACAAAUGACAAGAUUGAACAAGAAUGAUGCACAGUGGGAUAAGAAGUUCCAAAAGGAGUAUUUACUGGCUAUACACACAAAAGAACAAACGUUUCUCGAACAUUUCUAUGAAAAUACAAGAAUAGCACUGUACAACACUAUCACAUUCCAGAGAUUAAAGGAUGAGUCCGAAAAUGUUGCCUGGGUAACACUCUUCGAUGUUGAUGUUGACUCUCAUUGGCUUUCUGACCAUCCUGACCAAGGAGGUAUCAAUGUUCAAACCGCAGUGAAACAGUACGUAUGCGGUAUGAAGCACCUUCUAUCAGACGCGGAAAUAGAUGCUGCAAAGAAAGGGUUUGCAACCGUUUCACUCAUCACAAACGAGAUCAUGGCACGCUUAGGGCAGCUGGAUCCCAAUGCUUUGACAUUUGCAUAUUUUACUGGAGGAAAGGGAACUCGGAUUAUGAUGUUCUCGCCCAAAUACUCAUUUAUCCGAUUCAGAAGUUGUGAUCCAAAGAAGAGAAAAGACAUGGUCUUGAGCCAUAUCAGGAGUUUGCUGGGGAAUGAGGUGUUCGAGCGUGUCUACACGGAGAUUGAGAAACGGCAAGAUCUAUACGUCUACUGCAAAUCUUUUGAGAAAAACGACCAUCUGUUCGACAGUGCCGUGUAUGGUGACGGUGGCACGAAGCCUGAUCUGUAUCCACACCCCACGACUCUCCUCUUCUCAAGAGAAUACCCUUUGCCAGACCAAGGAUUCACAACCGAUGAUAUAGAAAGGACCCUGGACCAUUUGGCGACAAGAGACUAUCGACCAACACCAUACUUCAUUGAAAGAAUGCAAAAGAUGUACAAUCUGGUCUUUCAACAUUGCAUUGACAAGUUUGACGAAAUUGAGUUGAUACACAUUGAUGCACCUAGGGCUAGAGCAAACAAUUUCCCCAAGAGACAGAAGAAGCGUAAAGAGAACAAUGAGAUGCAAGAACAGGAUCAUCCUCUCAACACAAAAAGCAAAUUGAGACCAAGGAUUAACAGCAGCAAUGAACAGUUGGAUCGUGUGCUUCGUAGUAUUUUUGAAGAUGAAGAGUCAUACAGUGGAUAUGACAGAUGGUUGUCAAAGGAGAUGAAGAUUAUUGACCAGUUGAUGAACUAUGAUCAAGACACCAUACUCGCAGCUUGUGAUGUUUUCAACAUGACUGUGCAAAAAGGCUACAAGCCUGUUGACGAUAAUGAGAAGACAAUGUCGAGUGCUUUGGCUAAAGCAGCUUCUGCAGAGAUAACAGAUUUUGAUAGAAACGUUGACUUUACUUCCGACACACACAGACUUCGGUACUUUGGAUCUCCGACAUUGGAAUGGGAACCAGAACAAAAUUCAAGUGACAACGUAGUCAACAAAUGUGAAAUACUAAAACUCAAGCUGUCCUUCAUCACCUUGAACAGGCAUCCAUACUUGGGCAACAAGACGACCAUCUUUAAGGCUCUUGUAAUGACUGCUGCAUACUUUGCAGACAUGGUCAAACGGAAAGAUGGGGAAGCAGGUGGAUUCAUCAGAGAGGUGCUCAAGGACUGGGGAAGUCAGAUACAAUCGCCACCUCCACUUCAUGAAACCGAUGUGGAUCAGGCAAUAGAAAGAGGCUUUGUAUUGGUUGAGAAAGCACGCACACGCAAUGCAAACUCAGGCUCUACAGUGUACGCCAAAGCUGUUCAGGAGAUCAACAAAUUCAUUGAUGAGGAAAUGGCUCGUGUGGGAUUCAGACUAUGUGUCAAGGGUGAUUGGGAUGUAAUCGACCCCGAAAUCCAGAAGAUGCAUAGGGACAAACAAGUACUUAACCCUGUCCAGCAUAUGGACUCUGAAGCCUUGAACGAUCCGCUGCUUGAUCUUUUCAAAUUCAUAUUACAGAGGGACCCCUGCGACGCAUUGUGGGUGAAAGAUGGGCUAAAACAGUUGAAACGCAUGUUUGUCGCUUUGGUAUACGUAUUCAAUCACUGGAUUGGAGACACAGGAAUGGGGUCGGUGGGGACAAAGAUGAUCACAUGGAGGUUGAACGCGGACAGGAAGAACAUGAUCCGAUCGCUCGGUCAUGGGAGUUCAUGA